GUAAAAACGCAUUUAAAUAUUAAUAUAAAUAUUCGUCUCAACACUCUAAAGUCACAUCAUUGUCUCAUCUUCGCUUACAAUAAGAUGAAAUUCUACGCUUUCUUUAUUAUUUUGGUUUUGGCUUUGUUAGCAAGUGCUAUGGGUAAUCCCAAUCCCGAGCCUCUGCCAGGUGGUGGCGGCGGAGGAGGUGGCGGUGGAGGCGGUGAUUAUGGAGGUGGUGGCGGCGGAGGAGGCGGUGGUGGUGGUAGAUAAAUAGUGUCCUCCACCACAUGCAGGACUAUUUUUUUCUUCUUUUAAAUCAUUAAUUUAAGUGUUAAUUAUUGUAAAAUAAUUAAAAUAAA